CCGGUCCCUGGCCCAGGCCACGCCCCGUGGGCGGGCGGGGCGGGGCGGCCGCGGGUUCCUGCGCUCGCGGCCCGCGGCAGGCGACGGCGACAUGGAGAGCGGGGCCUACGGCGCGGCCAAGGCCGGCGGCUCCUUCGACCUGCGGCGCUUCCUGACCCAGCCGCAGGUGGUGGCGCGCGCCGUGUGUAUGGUCUUUGCCUUGAUCGUGUUCUCCUGCAUCUUCGGUGAGGGCUACAGCAACCCACACAGCUCCGCUCAGCAGCGCUGUGUGUUCAACCAAAACGAGGACGCCUGCCGAUACGGCUCCGCCAUCGGGGUGCUGGCCUUUCUGGCCUCGGGCUUCUUCUUCGUCGUCGAUAUCUAUUUCCCCCAGAUCAGCAAUGCCACUGACCGCAAGUACCUGGUCAUCGCUGACCUGCUCUUCUCAGCUCUCUGGACCUUCCUGUGGUUUGUUGGCUUCUGCUUUCUUACUAACCAGUGGGCCGCCACCAAUCCUGAGAAUGUGCUGGUGGGGGCUGACUCAGCCCGAGCAGCCAUCACCUUCAGCUUCUUCUCCAUCUUCUCCUGGGGCACCCUGGCCUCCCUGGCCUACCAGCGCUACAAGGCUGGCGUGGACGCCUUCAUUCAGAACUAUGUGGACCCAACCCCAGACCCCAACACGGCCUACGCCUCGUACCCUGGCGCGUCGGUGGACAAUUACCAGCAGCCGCCCUUCACCCAGAACGCAGACACCACUGAGGGCUACCAGCCGCCCCCUGUGUACUGAGCGGCACUGCAGGGCAGGGGAGGGUGCCCGUUCCCCUGGGCCUCCCCUUAAGGCCUCCUGAAGCACCCUGGUCUGUGUGCCCAGCAGCACACAAGCGCCUACUCCCAGAGGAGCUUCAGUCAGCCCCACGCCUCGAGGGCGUUUUUGAGGAAAGGUUUUCUAGUUGCUUUUUUUCUUUGCCCUUGGUGCUGGGGAUAAAACCUAGGGCCUCGAGCUUGCCAGGUGGGUGCUUAUGCUGCUGAGCCUAAUCCUCAGCCCCUCUGUUGCUUUUAAUAAGCCCCAUGCUGCCUGGAGUAGCCUUCCGCACACUGUGACAAGCACCACAGCCUUGGCCUGGCAAGGACAGCUGGUCAGCUGGGCUUUAUGCCAAAGAUGGGCCAGGGCCUCGUGCUGGUGCUGGGCUGGGGCUCCCACCUCCUCACUCAGGUCUGCCAUCUGCACCUCUGUGCCUUUAGCCUCCAGGGUCUGCCCUGCUCGCCUGGGCUUACGCUGUGUCCUCUGGGGGGGUCACUGCUCUGUGCCAAUCACUUUCAGGCUGGCUCCCUGACAGCCACAGGUAUGAGGAUAGUGCCUGCGUGGGAGACCUGUGGCCCCUUCUUUUUGCUCCCUCCCUGGCAGCAGGGUGGGGCUUUUGCCUGACAUAACACCCAGCUUUAUGUAAAUAUCCUGCCACUUGAGUUACCCAGUGUGGCAGCCAUGGCCCCCAGACUGAAUGUAUUGAAAAGCCUUGGGGGAGAUGCCCCUUGCCCCUGGGUUCUAUUAGACUGGUUUGGAGAUGGAAUAAAUGUUUUUCUCAGUU